AUUGACCCCAUUAAUUUCUUUUAUUCAAGGGUGAGAUAUUAUCGGAGACUAAAUACAACGCUAUAUAUUGGAUUCUAUUUCAACUGAAGGAGUAUUCUUGUCUUUUACCUUCUAUCUUAGACUAUGUUCUUACAUAGAUUUAUCAUAUCUAUCAAUGCUUAUCUCCCACCUACAAAUCAUUGGCUGACUUUAGUUGCUACAAUCCCAGUUGCAUUUGCUACUGGGACUCUUUUUGUAUACUCAGCUUUUAGUACUCAAUUAGCUGAAAAAUGUGGGUUAGAUGUAUCUCAAACAGGGAAUUUAAAUAUAUCUGCAACCUUGGGUUCAGCUCUUGGUGGUAUCUUAUCAGGGAUAGUCACCGAUAUGUAUGGCAGUCAACUUCCAAUUUUAUUUAGUUGUAUUAUGCUUUCAUUAGGUUAUUUCUGGUUAUAUUGCAGUUAUUUACAAGGCUUUAAUGCCACUAGUGUUCAACUUUUGGCUGCCAUGUUCUUUGUUGGUUUGGGUUCAGUAUCUGGAUAUUUUAGUUCUUUAAAAGCUGUGGUGGUAAAUUUCCCUGAUAAUAAAGGUGCAGCUCAAAGUGUAACAAUAGCUUCAUUUGCCAUUUCUUCUUUAAUUUAUCUGUGGGUUUCCACUAAAGUUUUGAAUGGGGAUACUGAAAAGUUUUUAUUAAUUUUAUCAAUUUCUUGUGGAAUUUUAACUCUUUUUGGUUUCAUUUUCAUUAGAUUGGAUGGUCAUAUCGAUAAUGUAGAUCAAGAAGAAGAAAGUUUCCUUGCUGAUAUGCGUCAUGAAAUUGAAUAUCUUGAAAAUAUUGAUACUUCAACUUCUGAAUCAACUUCAUUAAUGGAUGGAUCUACAAGUGAUAUACUUGCUAAUUCAUCUAAUAAUACUUCAAGAAGUAAUAUUUCUGAAGAAUAUAGAAAGGCAAAUACUCUUACACCACAAGUGAUACAAACUACAGUAAGAAAUCGUCAAGAUUUAAAACAUAAAUCUUUAAAGGAUUCUCUUUUACAUCCAAUUUUUUGGUUUCAUUAUUUUAUAUUUUCAAUUACUCAAGGAUUUGGUCAAAUGUAUAUUUAUUCAGUUGGUUUCAUUUUAAAGGCUGAACAUUAUUAUUAUACUCAUGAAAAGUAUUUAGAUCCACUGGUGGCUCCAAAUACCCCAACCUUGCAUUAUUUACAGGCAUUACAUGUAUCAAUAAUUGCCUUAUCUUCAUUUGGUGGACGUUUAGCGUCAGGACCAGUUUCAGAUAUUUUCGUAAAAAAAUUUCAAUUACAGAGACAUUGGGGUUUAAUUUUUGGAACUAUUAUUAUGUUUAUUGGUCAUGUUCUUCUUAUGUUUUGUUUCCCAUCUAGAUUUCAAUAUCUUUAUCAAGGAAAUAUCAUUCUUAUGGUAAUUUCUUGUUUGAUUGGAUUUGCCUAUGGUUUCACAUUUACAUGUUAUCCAGUUAUUGUAUCUGAUAUAUUCAGUUUACAAAAUUAUAGUUUUAUUUGGGGUUGUUUAUACACCAGUACCACAUUUGGUUUAACAUUUAUGUCGAAACUUUUUGGAAUGAUUUAUGAUAUGAAUUCUGAUUAUUGGGAUGAUAAAUCAAAAUCAUAUGUUUGUAAUAGAGGUUCAUGGUGUUAUCAAUUAACAUUUGAAAUCACAUCUUUGUUGUGUAUUUUCGUUAUUUCAGUGGUAUUAAUAUUUAUAUAUAUAAGACAUAGGUAUAGAUAA